AUUAUUUAGGAAAUAUUUAAAAACUCUGCCUUUAACCUACAGUAGGUGAAACAUAUAGAGAUAGAUUUAUUUUUAUAAUUUUAAAUUCUUACUGGGCUGGAAAAUCUUUAGGGGAAAAAAUCCAAACCAGAAAAAAAGUAAAGCCAAAAUCAUUCUGUAUAUGUAAAUCAAAGACAAUAAUUUAUUCUGGUGAGUGGUGAUUUCUAGAUAUCCAUCUCAAAUAGAUAAUGUUUUUGGGAGGAUUUAGCAGUGUUGGUGGGUAAGAACAUGGGAAGGAAAUGUUCUCACUGUGGGAAUUUAGGGCAUAAUUCAAGAACUUGCACUUCUCAGAAAGAAAGUCUGAGGCUCUUUGGAGUUCAACUAAAUCUAAGUUGUGCUUCAUCGUCUUCUUCUUCUUCGUCUCUUGUUUCUUUGAAGAAGUGUUUUAGUGUGGAUUGCUUGUCAUCUCCAUCCACAUCUUCUUCUUCUAGUUGUUCUGGAUCUUUGCUCGUCCCCGUGGGAGAAAAUAUUGAUAAAUUUUCUAAUGGAUUUCUCUUUGAUGGCCUGCUAGGGCGUACCCAAGAAAGGAAGAAAGGAGUGGCAUGGAGUAAGGAGGAGCACCGGAUGUUUCUACUAGGACUCCAUGAGCUAGGGAAGGGAGAUUGGAGAGGUAUUUCCAGGAACUAUGUAACCACAAGAACUCCAACUCAAGUAGCUAGUCAUGCACAGAAAUAUUUUCUCAGACAAAACACCCUCGACAACAGAAAACGUCGUCCUAGCCUCUUCGAUAUGGACAGUGGUCAAUCCUCAGUUCAGCCCCUGAACGUUGGCGUUUCUAAGUUAAUAACUGAAAGUGAUGAUAUUUUAGGUGGUGGGUUAGCAUUGAAAACUACAGAAGCUUCUCCAUCUUCUCUUCAUCCCGUUUCCAAGUCGCCUACACGGUUAAGUACUAAACCUUUCAACUCUGAGCCUGCUUGUUUUGGUUCAACAAAUAGUACUAAUCUUCAAUGUGCAACGCCAGAUUUAGAGCUAAAAAUUGCAGCUCCAUCUUCAAUGGAUCAGAGAGAAACACUUGCUCAAGUGACUUUCUAACUGGAGCCAUUUGUGUGUGCAACAUGAUAAUUCAAUAUUUAAAUUCUGGUUAACUUGUAUUACUUUAGAUGCUCAAUCUUUGAUCACACUUGCUGUUGAAUAUUGAAUAUCUUUUUUUCAUUUUAAUCAUCUGCUCUCUUUACUGUUUAAAGAAUAGGGCAUGAUUAUGUGCAAACUAUUGUAGAGGAAGAAAGAAUGCAUUUUCUCGUUACUGAGUAAAAAGUUUCCUGCUAUUUCCAACCGACCAUC